CAUUUGUCAUAAACUAAAAACACCAAGCAGAAUAUAUAGCUAUUUUCUGAAAAGUAUUUUAACAAUUUGCCUACUGUUUGUGAUUAGUACAAAUUAAUUUAUUUCGCAAAUCUACAACGAAUAAUGUGUAUAUGUUGAUAUCCUUUUUGUGAAUUGUGAUAUUAGCGUUGCUCAAAUGGCAAACGACGAUUUUUUAAACGAAUAUCGUCAAUUUUUUCAGUAUUUUGACGAAACUCUUGAUCCAAAUGAUCAACUACCCGUUAAGCUUGCUAGUUAUAAGUUGUUUCAGAAAGAAGUUGUUGGUGCAAUUUUCAACUGGACGAAUCAGUAUUUAAGUGAUAAAAAAUGCCCGUGGCAUCUUAUAUCAUUUCUUUCGAGAAUAGUAAUAGACAAAACCAGGAAACGUUGCAAGAAACAACCAGUCCAAUGUGGUUUCAAUCCAUCCGAAAACGCUUAUGAACCUUUCAAGUUGAUGCAUAUAGUGAUUGAGAUCAUAAAUGAAGUGUGCUUUAAUUAUAAGUCGAGCCUGAGUGUACAAAACAGACAAAAUAUGGCUGUGUCUUUUCCUUUGCCUGCCCCUGAAGAUAUUUAUAAUGUAGUUAGUACGUCCGCAUUGAAGAAUAGUAGGAGAAAAAUGGAAGAUAGAUCCAUUGUUAUUCAUGAUUUGAAUACGAUUUUUAUUAAACAGGAUGCUACACCGUCCCAUUAUUACGCCGUUUUUGACGGUCAUGACGGCGAUCUAGCCGCCGUUUAUGGUGCCACCCAUUUACACCAAUACCUGGCUGAAAGUACAAAUUUUAUAACAGACCCCGAACAAGCAAUAAGAGACGCCUUUUGCAAAACUGACAGCAAUUUCAUCAAGAAAUGCGAAACAGACAACAUAGUUGGCGGUACGACUGCCGUCUGCGCCCUCUUGCUGCCGAAGGAGAAAACUCUGUACGUGGCCUGGGCGGGGGAUUCCCAGGCAGUUUUGGUCAGCAGGGGCAAAGUGUUGCCGUGUGUGGUGCCCCACAGACCGGAAAGAGAGGAUGAACGCGAAAGAAUCGUCAAAGAUGGAGGUAUGGUCCUCCAUUGGGGCGUUUGGAGAGUCAACGGACAACUUAGUGUUUCUAGAGCUAUCGGCGAUGCAGAUUACAAGCCUUAUGUAACCGCCAUACCUGAAAUAGUGAAGUUAGCUUUAAAUGACGAAGAAGAUUUUAUAGUCCUCGCAUCCGAUGGACUUUGGGACUACGUUUCUGACAUAGAUGUGGCAACUAUCGUUUAUGAUGCCGUGUAUAACGACCCUGAAAAGGCGAAAACGUGCGCCAGGGACUUGGUGCAGACAGCGAAGCAGUGCGGAUCCGGGGACAACAUCUCGGUGAUCGUGGUCUUCCUCAGGGAUCCAUACCAGAUAGCGGAAGGGCCAAGGUGGAACAACCGCCUCGUAAGCAUGGACACGCUGAACAACGCGAACAUACCUUUCGACAUGCCGAACAAGACGAACAACGUUGACAGCCUGACGGCGGAGGAGGGCAUGCUGUUGAACUUCGCCGAGGGACUCAAGAAGAAUGACGACCUGCCCAACAACGAUCUGAUCAAGAUGUUGGAGAAAUCGAACAGCGACAGACUGAGCCCGUCGGACUUCGACAAAGAGGACAACCUGGGCCCGGAGACCAACGUUGACAACCCGGACGACGGUCCGAUCGUGGGCUCGCCGAAUUUCGACACGUUGAAACGGCACUCCUCGGAGGCCCUCAACAACAACCAGAACUGCAAUAACCCGUUCAACGACAUCGAGAAGACGCUCGAGCUCAACCUGAACCUGAAGGAGGGCACGUUCGAGGGGUUGACUUCUCCCACGGAGGAGGAAUGCGAACCGACAGUCAAUUCCGUCCACAAUGUGCCUCAGCUAAUUGAUGCAGGGGCAGAGAGCGAUUCAGAGGAAGAAGAAGAGUGGAACUACGUCAGUGGUGAAGAGGCGAACAAAGAGAACAACCCCAAACCGUUGCAACUAAGCUCGAAGGUUGCAGAGGAGGAGGAGGAAGACUUAGAGAACGCGAUGUCCCAGUUAAAUCCGAACGCGGCAGAGUUCAUCCCGUCUCCAGCGCGCGCAGUGGCUUCGCCAUUGGGCAGGCUGCUGGAUGAGGACCAGGUGCUGUCCAGGUCGCCGAAGAAGCCGCCUCCGACGGAGGUAGACAUCAACUUGCCAAAUCUAUGCGAUUUCGAGAAAGACAUCUCGCUCAAACCGGGCGAGACCGAGGAGAAUUUCAGCAAUGGCCACCAGGACGGCUUCAACAACGACACGAACGCCAUCAACGCGCUGAAUAGCAGACUGGACGAGUUCCAUUUCGGACGUAACGCGGUACCGUUCACGCCCGUCAAGCUGCUGGACCAAUCAGAGGCCUCGUCCACAAGGGCGAACUUCGGCGACGAGUCCGAGCUCACGUUGGGCACCUCCUUCAACGACUCGGUGGUCAGCCAGGACCAGAGCGAUUUCGUGCAAAAGGACGACCCGAUGUCGAUGUCCUUCCACCAGGACAGGUCCGACGAUCUCUUCGAUCUGAACAAGGUGCACGUUCUUCCCGAGGACGUGGACGAGUUCAUCGCCAGGGAGGACAACACGAAUCCGUUGUUCGACGACACAAUUUCCGAUUUGACAGAGCACUAUCCGUUAGGUAAUUCUGAAGAAAAGCCCCAACAAAACGAAAAUGAAUUCAUGACAGAUCUGGACCACGAAGAUAACAAGAUCGAACAUCUGGAUAUCAAACAAUCCAGCACGCCAAAUGAAGAAAGGUCAAAAUCGCCUGCAGAUCUUAUUUCACCCCUCGAAGAAGACCGUUCCGUAACCCCAAGAGAAGAACUCAAAACACCAUCCUCUGUUGGAGAAUGCGAACUGCCAAAGGUGGAAGAACAUUUGGCAACAACACAAGUGGAAGAACAUUUGGCAACAAUGCAAAUCGAAGAAGAUAACAGAUUGAACAAAUCUCACUCUCCGUUCGAAAACGACCACUUAACAUCGCCCGUCGAGGAGCAAAAGUCUGUUUCCCCUUACGAAGAGAAAGAACUGUAUUCGAACCACGAAGAAAAAGACAUAUGUUCUCCCGUUGAGGAGAAGGACGUUUGCUUUUUGAUGGGAAAACAGAACGAACCCCAGAAAGAAGAGAAGGAAGUGUUUGAGGAGAAAGAUCUGCUCAGCGAGAAAGAGGAAAAAUUGAUGGAAGAUAAACAUUCGGAGGAAGACAAGGAGCCUGCUAUGGAAAAGGAGGUAACCGAAGAGAAGGCUGUGUUCGAAGAAGAACGUAUUCCUUCUCCGGAACAACAAAGCGUAGUCUUGUCUCCGGUUGAAGUAGUCGCUUCUCCAGUUUCCGACAGAGAUUUGACAUCUCCGGUUCAGGAUGUUCAAAUUUCCUGUUUACAAGAUGAAAGAGAACUGCUCGAAGGAAUGGCUCCGAUGGAAGCUGCUAUUUCGCCCAAACCUGAGGAGAUUGUCCGGGAGGUCACUCCAGACCUUGAAAGGCAGAUAGUUUCUCCAGUACAAGAAGCAACUUCCCCUGUUUUAACAGAUAGAGAAAACAUUUCUCCGAUACAAGAGGACGAAAUCACUUCGCUCUCCCAAGAGGUAGAAAUGAACUCGUUUUCCCAAGAAGAGUGCUUGCUAGUCGAUAAGGUGGAGAGUCCUUUGUUGGAACAGGACGUUUCCACUGCCGAAAUAAAGGAGGACGAUGUGGUGGUUGUCCAUCAGACAGAGUCGUUGAGCGAACUCGAAUCGUUCAAAGUAACUACAACCUGUGAUAAAUUGGAAAGUCCCCUGCAGGAAGAGGUACCUGUUCCUUCGGAAACGUCUCAAAAUAUCGAGGAAUUCCUCAGGACCGAAACUGUAAAGUCUGACGAAGAUACGGCCAAAGAACAAUUAGAAAAUGUGAUGCAGUUAGACAAUCUGAAUGCAGUUUCAUCGCCUGAAGAAAAGUGUGUUUCACCUGCAUUUGAAGUUCUGGAGACCGAAUCUCAAAUUCCCGGUUCUUUCAAUGAGACCAGUGGCGAAUCUGCUAAAAACCAGCUGGAACAAUCCCAAAUUUCUCCGGUGAAAGAAGAAACCGUGUCUUUCAGCUCUGUCGAACAAACUGAGGUGCCCUUGUCUUUGGAUAUCGAUCCAAGCAAUGUGGACUUGCAUUCUCAGCCUACUCCGGAAGCGGAUAAGAUUUUGAUUGAUGUGUCUGAUGUUCAAGGUUCUUUGAACAAGUCUGCUGUUGAAAUGUCUUCGAUAAACACAGAGGAUAUCAAUUCUUUCCUCAACCGAUCAAAACUUGUAGAAAUGGAGUCUCCUCUCAGUCCUAAUAAGUCCGCAGAUAUAAUUAACCAAGUGGAGAUUGGAGAUAUUUCUUCACCAGUGAGAGACCAGCAGCCAGACUUAUUCAAACUGACAUCUUCAACACCGGUUGGAAAUAAGUUGGAAACAAGUGAAGCUUCGCCUGUCCUACCCGUGGUUGAGGAUAAGGCAGUGAAGGCUAAAGAAGAAGACAAGAAGCCCGCACCAAAGAGCAAACCUACAACGGCAACUGCUCCCAAAAAGACACCUUCUGCCAGAACUUCCUUGGCGCCAUCCAAACCAACUACAAAGCCUAGUCCAAAACCAGCUACUAAAACGAUCCCUAAGACAAAUUCUACAACCUCGAAGGUUAAUUCCAUAACAAAGACUGAAACGGCCGCCCCCAAGAUGGCCAGCAAAUCAUCCACUUCCGCAGCCCCCAAACCAAGCGGAACCACCACAGCCAGAAUUCCAUUAUCGGCCAGGACGAAAUUGGCCCCCAAAACUAACGAAACGAACGGUACGGCUAGACCGGCCUCAAAACCAUCCACUGGGGCUAUAAAGAAAACGACAGAAGGAUCCAGUACGAAGAGUACGACAGCUGCAAGUACAGCCAGGACUGCUACGACUGCCAGGUCUACUCUGGCGUCUGCAAGAAGUGCAACGACGACCACUGCUCAGCCAAAACCACGACCAACCACUCUGAAAUCGGCCCCAGCCAAGACUGUAGAUGCACCAAAGCCUACAUCAGCAAGGACGACGACAACGGCAAACAGAGUACCCCUAACAUCCAGAACCACGGCGACUAAAACUUCGUCUUUGUUGGCUAACAAGGAUGUGAAGGAUGCAGCUUCGAAGACGUUGUCCAAGACCAGAUCGGUCACGGAUAAACAGGUCAAGGAGACCACGAACAAAUUGACUGCAGCCUCGAGGACAGUCACUAAAACGACCAGUACUGUUCAGUCUCUCUCGAAAACUACAACAGCUACUAAAAAAACUGAGGUAACUGGCACGAAAACAGCAACGAACCGAACGACCACUUCAGCCAGGGCUCCCAUAAGGAGACCUACUACAACAGAUACGACAAAAACGGCUACAACAACAAAGGUCGGUAAGCCAAAGCAGAACGGAGUAGCCCCAGUCGUAACAGAAAAAAUAAUAGUCAAUAACAGCAGCAGCAAAGAAUCGAACAGCGUGAGCAACACCAACGGUGAUCAGGAAUUUGUCAAGGACAGCUCUCCUAUAGACAACAAACUAAUUACCGAGUCGGCAGCAAAUUGAACUACUCUCCACCCACGUUUAGAAUCCUAUUUAUUACACUUUUAAAUUUAGGUUUAUGGAUGACGAACUGGCACGAGGAUCUCUUGAACGGUGUGACAUCACCAAAGACCAAUGGGUUGGCCUAAGAGGGAAUUUGAUUUUUUUUUUCUCAUUAAAAUGAUGAAUUUGCCACGGUCAUUUUUCUUUUCGAUUCAAGAAUUCUGUGCAAUCGGUGUGUUUGUCAUUUUAUUCUAUUUACAUUUCUAAUGUUUCCUCAACGAAAUACGUAAAUUUAAGAAUAGUUCAUUUGGCCAAAUUUUCUUAAGACAACUUUGAAUCUUCCAAAGUUUUUAGGAUGGAAAUUUUUUUACCUUGUUGAUAGUGUGGAAAUGACUGAAAUUGGAACGUCGUUUCAAAGAUAGUGUUGUGAAAAAAAAAAAAUUAUAGGAUAUAUGGUUAGUCUUAAUAGUUUCCAUUUUGAAAUUUAUACCUUGAUUCGAAAAAAAUGUUUAUAUGUUUUCAUAUUUUGUUCGUUUGUUGAAGGUAUGGUGUUGCACCUGAGUGAGGUUUCAUUCGAAAUCGCCUUUUGAUUAUACAUAAAACCAUUUAUCAUGUCAUGUAUACUUAACCGUUACAAUGUAUAAAGCUGUGGUAAUAACCGUGUUUAUUGAAUGGUGUGGAAUAAAGAAAGACUUCCUACUAUAUCAGGUAUUCUAGAAAAUCUAUAUUAAAUAUUUCCAAAAGAUUCAUAUGCGUUUUUUACUACAUAUACCCCAUGUUUGGCUUUUUAUCGCUUGGUGUGCUGCCUUAUUCACUAUUUAUAUAGUUUUCUACUGUUGAAAUUUCAAAUUGGGUGCUAACAGCGACGUCUUGUCUUUUUUUACAUCUGAAUGUUGGAUAGAAUACUUAACUGUACUUUUUGCUUACAUGUUUUAUUUUUACAUUAUACCAAUAUUUUUCUAACUUAAGGUUUUAGAAUAUAUAGGUUGUUUUAAUAUGUUAAAGUUUUAUCGAAGUUUGUACUUUUUUUUUUGUCUUCAGCGAUAUGAUUAUUUAUUGAAAUGUAAUACAGCACAAAUAAAAUUUUAUAGAUCA